AUGCACAAGCUUACCAAAGAUAAAAAAAUUAUACGAAGAAAAUUAAAAAGAACUCAAAAAAGUGCAAUUGAAAAAGGCAUAGAUGGAACUUUAAUUAGACAUUUUUAUUAUGUCAGUAAUAUCAAAGAAAAAUCAUUAAUUUUAGGAUUAAAUGCCGCAAUAAUAUCAGUAGGAGCAGCAUUAAUAUUGGUAGCGAUAACUAGUUUAGCAGUGGAAUAUUUAUUAAGUGCGAGAUGUCUGUUACCUAUUAAUCACUUGGUGUGGGAAGCGACGCGGCCUCUCGCCGAUUGUAACUAUUGUGCGAAUGUUACGAAACCUAUUAUACUGCAGAAUAUCACACGCCAAAAUUUUAGGAAAUAUGCAUAUUCUUCAAAGCCAAUCAUAGCUAAAGAUGCUAUUAAACAUUGGAGAGCAAUAAAUGACUUCAACUUUUACAUGUUUAAAAGACUAUAUGAAGAAACAGCUGGUAGCUAUGAGAGUUUGGAGGAAGGCUGCCAAUUCCUUAACUUUAAAACAGAUCUUUUUUCAUUAAAGGAUGUAUUUGAAAUGCCUGAUAUUAGAGUAAGAAAUGGCCCAGGGCAGGAGCCCUGGUAUGUGGGAUGGGGGAACUGUCAUCCUAAUAUUCUGGAAAAGGUUAGAAAGUUCUACAAUAUACCUGAAUUUCUUCCAGAAGAUGCUGAAUUCCCAGCCACAGAAAAUAUAUUCUUUGGAUAUGAAAUAGGAGCUGUUAUGCAUUUGGAUUACAUACCAAGGUUAAUGUGGCAAGGACAAGUUAAAGGUAAUAAAACAUGGACUGUAGUACCUGUUCCUGAAUGUGAAGAUGUGUGCCAGAAGUUCCAAUAUUAUGUAGAGCCAGGAGAUGUGGUGUUAUUGGAUACUCGUCUUUGGUACCAUGCAACAAGUAUUCCUAAAGGGCAGUUCUCCUUGACAGUGCAGUCUGAAUAUGGU